GUCAAGACAUUUUCAUGACAGAAGAACAAAAAAAAUACUACAAUGCAAUGAAGAAGCUAGGAUCCAAGAAACCACAAAAACCUAUACCUAGACCAGCGAACAAAUUGCAAGGUCUGGUGUUUGAUAUUGUAACAAAGCAAGCAUUUGACAUCGUCAUUAUGGUUCUCAUCUGUCUGAACAUGGUCACCAUGAUGAUAGAAACAGAUGACCAGAGUGAACUGAUGCGAAAUAUUUUAUACUGGAUUAACUUGGUCUUUGUUGUUCUUUUCACUGGAGAAUGUGUCUUCAAACUGUUCUCACUCCGUUAUUAUUACUUCACCAUUGGUUGGAAUAUUUUCGAUUUUGUAGUUGUUAUUCUUUCAAUAGUAG